UCAGUGUGUGUUUGUUGUUAUUGAUCAUCAAACAACAUCAUCAUUCUCAUCACAGGUAAAUAGAAUUCACAUUCUUUUCUAAAAAGAGAAAAGCAAAAUUGUUCUCAUCUAUUUCGUUCCGUUGAAAGUGUUUUCUUUUCUUUCUCCAUCUUUGUUUUUCUCUUUUCUUCAUAAUCUUAAUCUUGUUCUUCUGUUGUGAUAAUCUUUUUGUUUUUCAAUUUCUUCUCAUCAUUUGGAUCAUUUAUCACAAUAAGAUCAUCGUCACCUUGGAAAUCCAUCAAAUGUUUUAACCAUAAGUUCCAGUGAUAAACUAAGUGUAUUAAUCGUCAUCUUUUCUCUCUCUCUCUCUCUUCUUCUUCUUCUUCUUCUCCUAUGGAUUAACCUUAUUGACCAAAUAUCUUCUUCUCAUCUAAUAUUAAUCUCUAACUGUUGGUGUUGUUGUUUUUUAUCCAUCAACUUGUUUACCAGAAAAUCUGAAAGAGAGAAGAAAAAAGAAACCAACUGAAAGAAAGGAAAAAGAGAAAGAAAAUUAUUCUCUUCUCAAUAAAUUCUAUUCGUCAUUAAAACUCAUCAACAUCACCAUCUUCUUCUCCUUCUUCAUCAUCAUCAUCAUCUUUUAUCAUCUCUCUUUCUACCUUGAGAGUUAAUAAAAAAAUCUAACAGAGAGAGAGAGAGAGAGAGAGAGAAAAGUGAGUAAGAGAAAUAAAAAAUAAGGUAGAGAGAGAGAAGAGAGAAAACCAAUGAAUAUGUUCAAGUGUUGUUAUUGUUUAUUGGGUGCGGGUCUUUGUUGUUCCAAUUAGUAUUUGUAACCAUUUUGAUUAUGUGAUUAACUAUGAACCAACUUGUCGAGUAUCCUAAGUAAUUAAACAGAGAAACAAAAAUCAACAGUAAUCAAUCCAAAUCAUCUUUACAUUGACAUUACCAGAGAGACACAAUUAAAACAUCACAAUAAUUAUCCUGAAUUCUUGAUAACAUGGUAACCACCAUGUAAUUUUUGCCUGUUAAAUAAUAAUAAUAAGUUAACCCAAAAGGAGAGAGAGAGAGAGAGAGGAACAAAAUCAAGUAGAAGGAACAAAAAGAGAAACUUUUUUUUUCUUCUCUUUUCUCUUCCAACCAACAACAUUCACCUUGUUUUCUUUCAAUCUCUUGACUGGAAAGAGAAACCAAUCAAUUAAUUAUUCGAAAUUGUUAUUUGUUUUAAACCACAAAUUCUCCAAUUCAACUAAUAUUUUCUUCCAUCAGUGACCAGUGUGCUGACCAUUUCUCUUCUUUCCCCAAUCCAAUGUUUUCCUGUUUCUCUCUCUCUCCCCAAAUCACCUGAUGAUUACGUUAUUUUUUCCAUCUAGUGUUUACCUUUUUUUUACUUCUUCUUUUACCUUUAUCCUUGGAAAACAAUCCAUUCUCCUUAAUCAUCUUCUCAGUAAUUGUUAAUUUUGAUUCUAUUUUCUUUUACCUUUUUCGUUGAGAGAGAAAAACGAAAACGAAAACAAAAUCAAAUCCAUCAACUCGCAUUUACCUGGUGUUCAUAUUGUGCUUUUAUUUACCUGUGAAACUUUUCUGGAUUAAUCCUUUAAACCACAAGAGAUUAUAAGAUUUAUAUAUAUUUUUUAUUAUUAUUAUAUAUAGAUUAUAAUACAUUGUAAUAUAUAUAUUAUAUAUAUUGUUUUGAUAAUCGAUAAUAACCUGAACAAUGCUACGAUUUUUAUCUAAACGUUUUGGAAGAAGUUUCCGUCGUCGAACCAAAUCAAAUCUAAUUGGAACAGGAGCCACACCUAAUGUUGAUGAAAACGAUCAGCCAACAAUUACCGUUAAUCCAUCAGGUUUUACCGGAAAUUUUAGUCAAAAAAAUUAUAUCCAUUGUAAGAUAAUUUUAUUGGAUGGAACCAAUUUAACGGCUUAUGUUCACAAAAAGGCCAAAGGAGAUGAACUGUUUAAUGAAGUUAUCGGUCACCUUAGUUUAAAGGCUGAAUUUGAUUAUUUUGGUUUACAAUAUACUGAUACAACUUCCGUUCAACACUGGCUCGAUUUAACUAAACUGGUCAAGAAACAGAUCACCAUUGGACCUCCGUACACCUUUCACAUGAGAGUUAAAUUUUAUUCCUCUGAUCCAAAUGGAUUAAAAGAUGAAUAUGUUCGUUACCUGUUUUUCCUUCAAUUAAAACAAGACCUGGUUUCGGGAAAAUUGACCUGUGAUACACCGACCACGGCUAAACUUGCAGCUCUCUCGUUACAAUCAGAAUUUGGUGAUUAUGAAUCUGAUUGUCAUGAUAUAAGUUUCGUCUCUGAGUUUCGCUUUGUUCCUGAACAAGAUGAUUCUCUUGAAGAAUUGAUUCUAGAGGAAUGGAAACAACUUAAACCUAAACCGGUUGGUGGUGGUUCGAGUAAUUCGGAUAAAGUUUCGACAACUUCGACCACAUCAAUGAAUCCAGCGACAGCCGAAAAUGCAUUUCUUAACAAAGCAAAAUGGCUCGAAAUGUAUGGGGUCGAUAUGCACACUGUAUUGGGUAAAGACGGCAAUGAAUAUUUUCUUGGCCUAACACCGACCGGGAUUUUGGUCUUUGCUGGAACCUCAAAGAUUGGAUUAUUUUUCUGGCCAAAGAUAAUUAAACUUGACUUUAAGGGAACUAAAUUAACUUUGGUGGUUGUUGAAGACGAUGAAUCAGGACAUGAACAAGAACACACCUUUGUCUUCCGUAUGCCCACCGUUAAGUCAUGUAAACAUUUAUGGAAAUGUUGUAUUGAACAUCAUGCUUUUUUCCGUCUCAAAUCAAGUCAAACGGUUACACCAAUUAAACAGAAACAAGGAUUCAUGAGGAUGGGAAGUCGUUUCCGUUUCUCAGGUCGAACUGAAUUUCAAACAACCCUUCAAGGAGCAAUAGUCAAGGAACCCGAACGAAGAUUUGAACGGAGACCCUCACAAAGGUAUACUAGUCGACGAAGGGUAACAAUUUCCUCGAAAACUAAUCAACAUCAAACACCCGAUAAGGAAACAAGUAACUUUACGAGAAGUAUAACAGUAAAGCGUAACUCUGGUCAUAAUGAGGUUAAAUCUCAAACCUCUAAAUCAAUAAAUUCAUCAUCAGUUACUACUUUGAAUGGGACAUCUACACAAUCUACCACGUCUACCAAAUCAACGCCUUCAAUAGCAUCUAAAUCGACAACACUAAUAACACCACCAUCAACAACAACAUCGACACCGCAAACAACGAGUUCAUCUAGUACCAAAUCGACGUCAACUGUCCCUCUUAAUGUAACCCAUUCGAAUGGUAAACAAAAAGUAAAAUCAAAAAUUGAAAACGAAUCAGUUAAAAUUGAAUCAUCCACUGUUACCGAUAAUGUUAAUGGUGGUAAAAGUCAAUCUUCAACGUCUCUACUUUCAUCUUCGUCUCUAUCGUUAACUGUCUCUAGUUCAAAUCCGUCAUUAAAAUCUUCAACAGAGACAAAGAAAAAAUUAUCACCAAAUAAAUUAUCCAAUGAAUUAAUUGCGAGUGAUAGUAAAUCACAAACCAUUGGAAAAGAUCAAAGUGAAUUAAUUUUGACUUCUAUUGAUGGUAAUGUUUUUGUCGAGAAAUCAGUGCCAAACAGUCCUGAUAAGAUUGCGAUCGAAAAGAAAAUAAAGAAAGAUUCAAAAUCGAUACGAACGAAAUCGACCUCAUCAACAUCAACAUCAUCUUCAUCUUUAUCGUCCUCCUCUUCACCUGCACCACCUCAAAGUUUACCAUUAGAUUGUGACCCCUGUCAAUUAAAAUCAAUUGAUGACAAUGGCGAAGUUGAUACAGAGGAAACUGUAACUACAAAGAGUAACCAAAUUACAACAAUUAAAUCGAAAUCGGUUGUUGAUGCUUGUAACAACAUCGAUGUUGAUUGUAAACCUCCAACAAUAUUAACAGAAACAUCAUUUGCAACAUCAACACCAAUUACUAAAUCAAUCAAGAUUCCAAAAUCAUCUUCAUUAAAUGCUAAUGGAGAAGAAGCAAUCGCCCAGAUAACCGAGAAAAGGAAAAAUUAUAAUCCACCACGAAGAUCAAAUACAACAGUCUCGAGUCGAAAUACAAUUACAACUGAAUUGUAAACAAAAUAAAAGUUUAAUAAAUGGUUCACACAUUAAUGAAAAGUAAAUGGAA